AUGCAUUCAGUCCAACUACACGUCCCUUACUACGAAGAAGGCUAUCAUGAAAUGAGCAUUUGUGAUAACAAGCCAUUUCAUUUUCGCCUCCAUACAUCUCUUGUUUUUCUGUUUUAUUAUUUCUUUCUUUCUUUCUUUAUUUCUUUCUGUCUUUCUUUCUUUCUUUCGUUCUUAGUUCUUCCUUUCUUUCUUCGUUUUAUUUCUUCGCUCUUUCUUUCUUUCUUUCUUUCUUUCUUUCUUUCUUUCUUUCUUUCUUUUGUCUCUUCGUUCUUUCUUACUUUCUUUCGGUCUUUCUUUCUUCAUUCUUCCUUUCUUUCUUCGAUUUUCUUAAUUUUUUCUUUUUCUUUCUUUCUUUCUUUUUUCUUUCUUUCUUUCUUUCCUUCCUUCUUUAUUCUUUCUUUCUUUCUUCGCUCCUUCUUUCUUUCUUUCUUCGCUCCUUUCUUUCGUUCUUUCUUUCUUUCUUUCUUUCUUUCUUUCUUUCUUUCUUUCUUUCUUUCUUUCCUUCUUUAUUCUUUCUUUCUUUCUUUCUUCGCUCCUUCUUUCUUUCUUUCUUUCUUUCUUUCUUUCUUUGUCUAUUCGUUCUUUCUUACUUUCUUUUGGUCUUUCUUUCUUCGUUCUUCCUUUCUUUCUUCGUUUUUCUUAAUUUUUUCUUUCUUUCUUUCUUUCUUUCUUUCUUUCCUUCCUUCUUUAUUCUUUCUUUCUUUCUUUCUUUCUUUCUUUCUUUCUUCGCUCCUUCUUUCUUUCUUUGUCUCUUCGUUCUUUCUUACUGUCUUUCGCUCUUUCUUUCUUGCUUCUUUUCUUUCUUCGUUUUUUCCUUCCUUUUUUUUGACUUUCUUUCCUUCCUUCUUUCUUUCUUCGCUCUUUCUUUCUUUCUUUCUUUCUUUCUUUCUUUCUUUCUUUCUUUUCUUUUUCUUUCUUUCUUUCUUCGUUCUUUCUUUCUUUCUUUCCUCGUCUUUUAUUUUUUUCUUUCAUGAUAUGUAUCUUAAAGAGACAUGUGCUUUCUUCUUGUUUCUUUCUAUAUCGUUUUUACACCCUUUUUCUUUUAUCUUUCUUUCUUCAUCCUUUUUCAAAAUUUUCAUUCUUUAUUUCUUUUUUUUAAUACACCACUUCUUACCCUUUGUAUAUAAUUUUUCAGAUUUGUCUUGUUUCAUCUUUCUUUCCUUCUUUUUUCUUUCUUUCAUUGAAUUUCAUCUCUCUCUCUCUCUCUCUCUCUAUCUCUCUCUCUCUAUCUAUCUAUCUAUUUUUGGCAUAAUCAUCAUCAUAAUCAUUUUCAUCAUCUUUUUUUUCCUUCCAUUUCACCUUUUCCAUCUUGGAAUAUGGCUGCUCAUAUCAUAUAUAUUUCUUUUAUUCAUUUCCUUAAAACUUUACGUCCAUAUUUUCUGCUUUUUUUAUUUUCUUUUCUUUCUUUUGGGGUCCACAUUUAUAUCUAUCUAUCUAUCUAUCUAUCUAUCUAUCUAUCUAUCUAUCUAUCCCAUUCUAUUAAUAUCUAUCUAUCUAUCUAUCUAUCUAUCUAUCUAUCUAUCUAUCUAUCUAUCUAUCUAUCCUAUUCUAUAUAUUUCUAUCUAUCUAUCUAUCUAUCUAUCUAUCUAUCUAUCUAUCUAUCUAUCUAUCUAUCCCAGUCUGUACAUAUCUAUCUAUCUAUCUAUCUAUCUAUCUAUCUAUCUAUCUAUCUAUCUAUCUCAUUCUAUUAAUAUCUAUCUAUCUAUCUAUCUAUCUAUCUAUCUAUCUAUCUAUCUAUCUAUCUAUCUAUCUAUUGCAUUCUUAUCAUAUAGCAAGAUGCAAUAUAUACUCUUAUAUGUACAAUAUCUAAUGCAUAGACAUUUACAUGGUACUCUGUUUAUAUCUAUGUAUCUAUCCAUCCAUCUAUAUCAGUCUGUUCAUAUCUAUCUAUCUUUCUAUCUAUCUAUCUAUCUAUCUAUCUAUCUAUCUAUCUAUCUUCUCUUUCUAUACAUCUCUAUCUCAUUCUGUGCAUAUCUAUCUCAGUCUGUUCAUAUCUAUCUAUGUCAGUCUAUUCUUAUCUAUCUAUCUAUCUAUCUAUCUAUCUAUCUAUCUAUCUAUCUAUCUCAUUCUUAUCAUAUCCCAAGAUCCAAUAUCUAUCUCUAA